CGCCUCGACCUCACACGAGCAGGCAAGUACGACUUUGCUCACCGCCAUCCCUCCACCACUUCACCGAAUCAUGUGAAAUCCCAGACCACACACCAACCUCCCGUCCUUUCCAAUGAGGCUCAUAAGCUAUGAACAAUGACUCCACGCCAACCGACCUGCCCAGGACCGAUACCAGCGCAAACACAACUGGAGACAGCGUAGAGCCCGCGCAGCAAGCACAGACGAGGAGAAGAGAUGUUACGUCUCCGGCGCAGAAGAGGGUCCUGCUAGGGAUGAGGAAGAGACAUGAGUUCGUUGCAAAUCUUAUGACGAAUCUGGAUAUACUGAUCUAUGCGGAGCUCUCGAUUGUGUAUUACAUGGAUUGUUCGUUAUUCCGCCUCCUCCUGAGAGUCUUCAACCAGAUGCUAUUCCUGACACCCAAACCCAACUUCAUCCCUCCAGCGCCGCAACACCGUCCGUACAUAGGCGCUAUCUUCGGACCGAACAUUAUCUGCAUCCUGCUACACAUCUUCACAGCGAGAUCAGAAGCUGGAGAGGCUAUGCGAGGGUAUCUACAUGGAGGGGUGAUCAUUGAUCUUAUCGGUCAGAAAGGUCCCACGUCCAAGAUACAUCUGGUGUUAUUGGAUUUGCUGAUAUUGGGCUUGCAAUGUUUUAUGCUGGCUGUCCAUGUAGAAAGGGAAAGGCUCACGAAAUAUGUUGCGGCAUUAUCGUCAGGCUCGGCAUUACCUCCGAGUGACCAGCCAAGGGCAGAGGUGGCUACGGCACAGGACCAUGAUGCGGAGGAGCAGGGCAUUAUGAGAGAUGGCAUUACGGGUAAUGAAGGAGUUGAGUUAGAACCUCUACCUCCGCAGAACGGAGCACCUACAACAUCAGCGACUGUUGAGGCUGAUGCAGAAAGGAACGAAGAAAGAGAGAGGUUACUGGCGGAGCCUCCUCCAAGGACGGAAGAGGAAGAAGAGGAUGAUACUGGCUUGGAUAUAUUCUGGUCAGGUACUGCUGUCCUAGCAAAUUUCCAUAUUGUCCAGAAUCUGAGAAGACAAUGGCAAGAUUAUGGAAACGCUACGGAAUCGGCACUACAAACGGUUGGCUAUAGCGCUGGGUUCUCUGCUGAGUUUACUGCUCUUGCAGCCAAUCGUCGAUUAAAUGCUGCUGGGGCAAGAUUCCAGCGACAAGUGGGUGGAUUUGGCUGAAAAGCCUUUGUAUCAAAAAACGUACCAAUAUACCACUUUGCGCCGUACACUUUACAGAUGCUUUGAGACCAAGAUUUGAUUAUGCUAUCUUUCUGCCCACGUUGCCAACGCCAAUGCCUUUCA